CGGCGGCGGAAGUCGGCAGAGUCAAUUUACUUCCGGUGAAGCGGUGACUUCCUGAGAGCAAAGAUGGCGGGGACCAGCCUGGUGGCGGGGGAUGUUGUUGUGGACGCGCUGCCUUAUUAUGAUCAGGGAUAUGACGCCCCGGGAGUGCGGGAAGCGGCUGCAGCUUUAGUGGAGGAGGAGACGAGAAGAUAUCGACCUACGAAGAACUACCUGAGUUAUUUGCCCACCCCAGACUAUUCCGCAUUUGAGACUGAAAUCAUGAGGAACGAGUUUGAAAGACUUUCGGCGCGCCAGCCCCUUGAGCUUCUCAGCAUGAAGAGGUAUGAGUUACCGGCCCCCUCAUCCGGCCAGAGGAAUGACAUCACGGCUUGGCAGGAAUGUGUCAAUAAUUCGAUGGCCCAACUGGAACACCAGGCCGUCAGAAUAGAGAACUUGGAGCUCAUGUCCCAGCACGGCUGCAACGCCUGGAAAGUCAAUAACGAGAACCUGGUUCAUAUGAUCGACUGUGCGCAGAAAGAUCUUCAGAAGUUACGAAAAAAGAUUCAAGACUUGAACUGGCAGAGGAAGAACUCCCAACUUACAGCGGGUGGGCGACUGAGAGAGAUGGAGUCAACGUGGGUGUCCCUUGUAAGUAAAAACUAUGAGAUUGAGAGAGCAAUUGUGCAAAUGGAGAAUGAAGUCUAUCAGCUGAAAGAGCAGAGUGGAGAGAAUAAGGAAAAUAUCCAAGAUUAUUAAGACCUUUCCCCCAAGGACUAGAGGUUCCAGGACAACCCCACGUUGAUUCAGCUACAGAAGCCAUGUUGCUCUGGGUGCAGCUGUUCUGCUGGGACUUCUGAUUGGUUCAUGGAAUAAUCUCUGCACUCGCCUUGGUGCUUUUCUGUCAGUAUUCUGAUUGGCGCAGGGAUUGGUCUGUUGCACCCAAAUGCCCAGCGACUGGUUUAUAUACCUGCCACAUUCUGGGUUUUGUUAAACAGAUCAUGAAAUUCUGAUUUUUGUUGCUUUUUCACUGUAAUGUUAAUAAAGUUUUUUCCAGAAA